GUCAAGCGUCAGUCGUGCAUGUGGCAGCCACUAAUCUGAGGGAUGGACGCGCCACAGACGUGCCAAGCGCCUGCUCGUUCAGCGCCCACGGCAGAGAUAAGCCGAGUGCCUCGAGAGCCGGGCGACACAGGGCGACUAUCUGACUCUGCCUUUCCUAUGCAAUGGUUGUUGAGGGUAUUCGCGACUUGAGGCGCUGUCGUGGACUCGCACAGCGAGGCCGUGGGAUUGUCGUCCCCGUGUUAGGGCUGGCGAUCCAUGGAUGCUUGUGGGGAGCACGGCCCGGCUAUUAAUAAUCGUCGCGCUCCACCGCAGCUCAUCCGCAAAGCCGUCCGGACGGGAGACACCAGCAACACCAUCUGCCUACGGAUCCCUUUUCAUUAUUGCUCGCCGAAGUUUGUAGGCAUUGAGCAUCGUUAUCGCGUAGUAUGCUAUGCGUCCACGGCUCCGAGGCAGACCAGACCGUGCAACCGAGAAUGGCUGACCGCAUCCACCCGUCGACCGUCGUUUCGGUUUCAUCAACCACGGUACCUACGUACCGAUGCUGAUAUAGGCACAUCGUGGCCGCACGUGUCAGGCGUGAAGGAAUCCUCUUACGCGAUCAUAAUCCGAGUUCAACAAGAGGAAUUCGAAGCGCCCGAGGUGGCCGUCUGCAUUCCGCAUCGACAGAGAACGAAAACCGCGUAUAUGCGAACGCGAAGACCCUGAACCGAACAGGGUGCUGAUUGCGAGCAAGAGGCUGCAGUGAUAGCGCCACGUUAUUGGGCUAGAAGCCCUUCAGGUGCUGGCUGAGGUGUUCGAUCGGCAGUUGGCGGUGUCGGCAGCAGGCAUCCGCCCCUUCACAUGUGAAUGCCAUUUCGCUGCCAAGUGGGAGAAGGGACAGCAUGUGGGGUAUAUAAAA